AUGUCGCUGAUCCAGAAAUUCAGUGCGGUCGAAGCGGUUAUGCAGUUCCACCACAGCACCAGUGCUCGUCCCUUGCCAUUGGAGGAGGUGAUUGCAAGAGUGCUCAAGCUUUCUGGACUGCGAAUUGCGCAGCAGACUGUGGAGGAGAUUUUGGAAGUCUACCCGGACGCCUACAAACUAGAGCAGGCACGCACAAAUUGGCUGCUCUCCACGUGCGAAUUGCCUCUGAGGUUGAAGGAACGGGCCAACAAGUUCGCUACUUUGAUCGGCGCCCGCAGUCUCCCCUCUCCUCCUCCUACCCCUAUGAAGCCGACGAGGAGGAUUGUGGGCAAAGCACCGAGUCGAGUGAUCAAAGGCACGGUGAAACGGUACACAGCAAGCAUUCCAAAGACAGGAGACAUAUUGACGCGCAUUCGAAUGAAGGAGGAGGCGCUGAAACGGGCGAGCGACCCGCUAGUGAAAAGACAGCAGAGGGAAAAGUUUCUUAUUGCACAGCUUCCGGGAAUCAGUGCCGUACUGCAUUCACUGAGCACUAUGCGGAGCAGUUUUUCCAUGAGCGAGCUCAUUGACAGGGUGAGCACAAGUGUAAAAACGCGGCUGAGCCCAAGCGAGAUCUCGGAGGCCAUCGAGCUUUUGUCGAAAAGCCAGCCAGACUUUUGCUCGCUGGUCGACUCUGGCAACUUGAAGGUGGUGAGAUUAACAUGCACUGCAUACUGA